AUGGGGCAGGAGCUGGCUCCCGGUCCUGGCAAACAGGAGAGCCCAGGUGGCGGGGGAGACAAUGCUGCCCAUUCAUCGGGCUCCCGAGCCUCCGCCCCCGCCACCUCCCCGGGGCGUCGGCUCCGGCCAGGCGCCGCUCCUGCUCGCAGCCGCCUCUUUCACGGGCGCGCGCAGGCGUCUGACUUUCUAGGACUACGCGACGCGAGCGCGGAGUUGCACCACUGUGUGUGUUUUCAGAGAGGUCCGCCGGGAGAGCCGGGCCCCCCGGGCCCCCCGGGACCGCCGGGAGUGCCUGGAUCCGAUGGCAUCGACGGUGACAAGGGGCCCCCUGGAAAACCUGGUCCUCCGGGACCUAAGGGGGAGCCUGGCAAACCCGGGCCAGAUGGGCCGGAUGGGAAGCCUGGGAUUGAUGGUUUAACUGGAGCCAAGGGCGAGCCUGGGCCCCUGGGGAUCCCCGGAGUCAAGGGCCAACCCGGGCUCCCAGGUCCCCCUGGCCUGCCGGGCCCUGGCUUCACUGGACCUCCUGGACCACCUGGACCUGUUGGCCUCCCUGGUGAGAUUGGAAUCCCAGGCCCCAAGGGGGAUCCUGGACCAGAGGGACCAUCAGGACCUCCAGGGCCCCCUGGCAAACCGGGCCGCCCAGGAACUGUCCCAGGUCUCGAAGGCAGCGCUGAUUUCCUGUGUCCAACCAACUGUCCUGCGGGUGUGAAAGGCCCCCAAGGGCUGCAGGGAGUGAAGGGGCAUCCGGGCAGACGCGGGCUUCUGGGUGAUCCUGGCCGCCAGGGGAAGCCGGGUCCCAAGGGAGAUGUGGGUGCCUCUGGAGAACAAGGCAUUCCUGGACCUCCGGGUCCUCCGGGCAUCAGGGGCUACCCAGGCAUGGCAGGAGCUAAGGGAGAGAUGGGUCCUCAUGGGUACAAAGGCAUGGUGGGCUCCAUUGGCGCCGCCGGGUCCCCAGGUGAGGAGGGACCACGGGGGCCCCCAGGCCGAGCCGGGGAGAAAGGUGAUGUGGGCAGCCAAGGUGUUCAAGGACCCCAGGGAAUAACAGGCCCGAAAGGAGCAACCGGUCCCCCAGGCAUCGAUGGCAAGGAUGGGACGCCAGGCACACCUGGCAUGAAGGGCAGUGUAGGACAGGCGGGGCGGCCAGGAAACCCAGGUCACCAGGGUCUAGCGGGUGUGCCAGGCCAGCCUGGGACAAAAGGGGGCCCUGGAGACAAGGGUGAGCCAGGCCAACCGGGCCUCCCUGGAUUCUCUGGUCCCCCUGGGAAAGAGGGAGAGCCAGGGCCUCAAGGAGAAAUUGGUCCCCAGGGCAUCAUGGGACAGAAGGGUGACCAGGGUGAGAGGGGGCCAGUGGGGCAGCCAGGUCCUCAAGGUCGACAGGGCCCCAAAGGAGAGCAGGGGUCUCCUGGUAUACCAGGGCCCCAAGGCUUGCCAGGCAUCAAGGGAGAAAAGGGCUCCCCAGGGAAGACCGGGCCCCGCGGCAGCGUGGGCGAUCCAGGUGUGGCCGGUCUCCCUGGAGAGAAAGGCGAGAAGGGGGAAUCUGGCGAACCAGGGCCCAAGGGACAGCAAGGAGUCCGCGGAGAACCUGGCUACCCUGGGCCCAGCGGGGAUGCGGGCGCCCCAGGGCCCCAGGGCUACCCAGGGCUCCCCGGCCCUCGAGGACUGGCUGGAGACAGAGGCAUACCCGGGCUGCCCGGGAGACAGGGCGUGGCGGGCCGAGAUACCAGUGACCAGCACAUCGUGGAUGUGGUGCUGAAGAUGCUGCAAGAGCAAUUAGCAGAGGUGGCUGUGAGUGCCAAGCGAGAAGCCCUGGGUGCAGCAGGAAUGAUGGGUCCCCCAGGACCCCCAGGACCUCCUGGGUACCCAGGCAAACAGGGACGCCACGGGCACCCUGGCCCCCGGGGAAUUCCUGGCAUCGUGGGAGCCGUGGGUCAGAUCGGCAACACGGGACCCAAGGGAAAACGUGGAGAGAAAGGUGAUCAGGGAGACGUGGGACGCGGGCACCCCGGGAUGCCUGGGCCACCAGGGAUCCCAGGCCUCCCUGGUCGACCUGGCCAGGCAAUCAACGGCAAGGACGGAGACCGAGGAUCCCCAGGGGCUCCGGGAGAGGCAGGCCGCCCUGGCUUGCCGGGCCCCGUGGGGCUGCCUGGCUUCUGUGAACCUGCAGCCUGCCUCGGAGCCUCAGCCUAUGCCUCUGCCCGCCUUACGGAGCCAGGAUCCAUCAAAGGGCCGUGAGCAUCAGGCCGGGAGAGAGCCCGGUGGGCAUCCUGGGCGGAAAGGACUAGAUCCCCUCUGGGUGGACGUGCACCCCACCCUGCAGCCCAGGAAACUAGUUUUCCUAGGACCUUCUGUCUAUGACCCAGGAGUCCUGAGGAAAAGAACAUUCUAAAACAUGGGGGAAGGGAAAGGAAGGCAUCAGAGUGAACAGGUGAGGCCAACAGACAGGGCAAGUGUUGCUGGAGAGUUGAAGCUCCGAAGAGAAGAAUAGGUGGCUUUCCUUCACAGAACACCACUCAGAUGUUACCAAAUGUCUCCUUAAUCUGCACCAUUCUCCCACUGACCAUCUUGUUCUCGGGGCAGGUGGACUGAGGUCUCUGCCAGUUCCUGACUCUACCCCCACCCCCUAGACUUACUGGGGGACUGCUGAUGGGUAUCUACCCUGAGGAGGCCAUCUUUAAGCCAGCUUCACUACUUCUUCCCUACCUCCCAUCUGAGUAUUUAAACACCCAUCUCCCUUCUCUUUCUGGCACUACCUUCUUGGCCCCCCUUCCCUGGUUCCACCCAGGCAUUUCUAUAAAUAAAAGCCCCCAACUUGGGUACAAACAAAGAUGUGAAUUGUUGGGCUUAAUUUCUUGU